UUUGCUUGACUCCUCAUUCAAAAACAAAACCAAUAAUGGAUUAUUCACCACCAUCAGCAUUAUCAGCCCGCAAAAACAAGCGCAGAGGAAGAGGGUUUCUUAGGGGGCUGUGGAAUCCAGUCCGCAGUUGCAGCGGCCGGAGCCCGAGUCCGGCCGCCGCCGCCCCACCGCCGGCGAGGAGGGUCGAUAUCCGCAACGGUAAUAAUAAUCUGGCGGCCGUGAAGAGAGAAAAUGUUGCCGGUGGUGAUCAUGACGACGCCGCCGCCGCCGCCCUUCCCGGUGGUGCUGUUGAUGAUGAAGACGACGAGGAAGUCGAUCGUAGAGCCGAGAAAUUAAUCGCUUCUUUCCGCGAGAAGAUUAGGGCUCCGUCUUCUUCUAAGUAACUGAGCCGAUGCAUGCAUGCAUGCCAAGCGGCAUAUAUACGCACAAUAAUACUUAGUUCUAUAUUACUCUGUAAUUAUUAUUAUUUGGGUACUCUCUCCCUUACCUAAUAAUGUUCUUCAAUAGGGCGGUAAAUGGAUAACCAAAAAUUCGAUUACCGUCCGCAUCCGUGUCCGUUUGUAUGGAAUAUAUCCGCAUCCGUUAAAACGGUUAUUAUCCGUAUCCGAUUAGGGAUAUUCGAUUGCUAAACGGAUACGGAUUUGGUAAUCACACAUCCGAUCCGUUUAUAAUCCGCUUCGCAUUGACAUCCGUUUAAAUAACCGUUUAUCCGUAUA